AUGUUUGGGUCCAUCUUUCUGAUACUUCUUGGUGUCUUCCAUGUAAGUGGAUUGACCACCAUAACUUUCCCGCACUCUUCGUCUGGCCAGACAUUACGGGCUUGGAACACUUUAGUCAAAUUAGUGGAUGAUCGAAACGUCUUGCAGCAAUUGUAUUUCGAAAUUGCAGGAGUUGCGGAUGAUUCAGAUGACUGGGAUGGAGCUGAUGAUUCUGCUCAAUUUUCGGACCGCAUAGUGGAUGUUUUAUAUUCCUACAACUCUGAUUUGGCGGGUCUCUUUCCUUUGCAUUUCGCAAGCGAACCGGGGUUCAGUUCAAAUACGUCAAAUGAAAACUUCUUUAUACUCAAUGACAAAAAAUUUCAAUCACCCGACGAUCUUUUCUAUCUCAAGAGCUCUGAUCUCGCUGCCCAAAAAUUAACGAUUGAGAGUGAAAUAACAAGUCCGGAGGACGUCAUUCUCGGGAGUAAUGAAAACGCUCCUCUUAUUCAAUUUUACGGAUGCGAUCGUGUCUCAAGUUGGGAAUCAUUUAAUAGAAACCUGCUCACAGAGUGCCAGUCUGGGAAAAUAAGGUUUUUGUGGAGAAGUACGUGUCCAAACGACCAAAUUUUGGAUUUCGUGCCUUCUGCUGUAGCAUUAACGGUUAAAAAUUCACAAUGGGACAAACCUGUCGAACUUCCCUUGGAGGUGCCCGAAUCCUUCAGAGACAACGAGUACUAUGCACAGCAAGUCAAUGAUGCGAAGUUGAGUGAUCUCGACAAAAAAGUAACAUCUGCUAUCUGUGACCUCUACGAAGAGACUAAGGACUUCUCAAAGACUUUAAAAUACAUGAAACAAGUGGUUGACAAUUUUCCUGCACUAGCCCAAAAAUUGACAAAAUUACAAGUCUCGGACACGAAGCUCGUCGAAGCCCUGAAUAAGACAACUGAAAAUGGUAUUGAUCAUACUAUGCUCGGCUUUUAUAUCAAUGGUCAGUAUCACAAACUCUCGAAUUUGGAUAAAGUCUCUGUUGUAGAAGCUGUGACAGCAGAACUGACUCGUAUUGACCUAAUAAGGAAACUACUGCAGGAUUAUGAAGGUUUGAACGACAAAGAAUCUACAACUGUAGCCAAGGAUCUCGUACAGAAAUUUUCUACUCACUCGCUGGCUACUCUUCAAAACUCGCAGCCCGCCAAAUAUGAUUUACAUCGCGUACCCGGCUUUUCGGAAAGCGUUAUCUACUUCAAUGACAUUGAGAAUGGUGCAGUUUACAAAGAAAAGCUAAGUGACAAUAUUGGCGAGUUUUUCAAGCAGUCAGAAUUCGGUCACAUACCGGCUUAUAGGGAAAACUGGAAUGAAGUUGUCUUUGUUAUAAACUUAUCCGAACUCGAGUCGAAGGACACAUUGGAAGCUUUACAAGGAUUACUCAGAGCAGUAUCAGUUGUCGAAAACGGACACCCUCAGAGAAUUGGUUUUCUUCCCAUGGUAACCAGCUGUCAAGACAAUGGUUUACUUCGCAGGAUAUAUGAGUUAAAAAGUAAAAGUUUGAAAAGGCUUACAAACUACCUGCAAGAAUUGUCUGUCGGAACCGGAGUUAGAUCUAGUGAAUAUAAAAAUCUUCCUCCAGUGUUGGAUAUUUUGCAUGCCAAGUUGAAGUUGAAGAAUUCAUCCAUCAUCAUCAAUGGCGAAAUAUAUCCCUUCAAAAGCAACCUAUGGAACUAUAUGAUAGCCAAAGUGAUAAAAAAAGAUGUUUCGUACAUCAAGGAUGAGUUGCGCCGUAUCAAUGCUGCUGGUGUUCUUACUGCCAGAGAAAUACUACACAGAAGGUCUUUCACCGAGAGAAAUCUAAAGCUCGCACCAGACUACUUUGAGGAUGCAACAUACUUUGUUACCAAUACGACAGUUUUAAAGAAAUUAGGAACAAGACUACUUGAAUUCACAAAGAGCAGGGAUCAUAAUGUACUGCAUACCAUUUCUAUCGUUGAUGACUUCAAUACUCCAUUAGCGCUCAGAAGACUGCUUAACGCUUCAAAAGUGGGACUUUUGGGGGUAAGGAUUAGAGCCAUACACACGGGUGUGGAAACAAAACAAUGGAACAAGGUUCGACAACUAGUGGAGAAUUAUUCCUUCACUAAUAUCGAAAAGAUUAUCUCCACCAUAAAAGCGAAAAGUGCAAUCAAUGUUAUCGAUCAUGCAGUUUUCAACGCGUGGAUAUUUGAGCUGCCAUACGAUAAAUCUGUCAGAAACUCAUUCAUGACAAUCAAUGGAAGAUUCGUACAGUUUGAAGAAGAUGAAGUGCCUUCUACAAACGAAUAUGAAAUGAUUUUGCAGCGCGAAGCACUACGUGUCCUUGAUGCCACCCAAGCGCUGCAGGACAUCUUUCCUCACUUUUUAGACACAAGCAUAGAUUCUGAUCUGAUUGAAAUGGUAUCAAGUGUCUUAACGAAAUUGUUUUACGAUGGGCAGCGUUUUUACAAUAAUGGCAUUGAUUACACCGCGGAAGGCUCAUUAUCCCGAAUUGAUUUGGAAGAGUUUGUGAAUUUUGCUGCUUACAAUUCUUUUCAGCAUUCUUCGGACGUCAAAAAAGUUGAUAUCACACUGAUCGUUGAUCCCCUUGAAGAAAGAACGCAGAAACUUUUGACGCUGGUCUCUGAAUUACAGGGAUUAGAUUUCAUAAACAUUCGUCUACAUUUUCUGCCAACGAUGGAUCUGAAACUUUUUCCAAUUCAUAGGUUCUGGUUUGAAAUCAGCGAUCUGACUCCAGAAAUCGAAGAGCCUGGCAAAUAUUAUGUUGACAUUGAACGUCCAUUACACUGGCACCUUGGUCCACUAAAGGAAGGAAGUGCAGAGUUUGAAUAUGCUAUACUCGAAAUAAAUGCAUUCGACGACGCGGCAGUUCCCUCAAAAGGUCUCGUUGAAGGUAAAGGAAAUGUCUGUCUUCAGUUAGUUAACAGAGAAAACAAAGUUAUCGAUAAAACCUUUACAUCAACCACGUUCGGAUACGGCCAACUGAGAAUUCACAACCUGGGAGGGCAUUAUCGAAUUGAAAGCUGUUCCGAGAACCUUAAGGUGACUUCGUUCUCGUUUGACGCCCAUUCGAAUUACGCACCUGCCAAGUCGUUUGACGUCACCAGCUUCUCUCCUUUGCGCGCUUACGUCAAAAUAAAAGACGAGGAGAAUUUUCAAACAACUGAAAGUCUUGACGUUGUGAGGAGCUCGGUUGACAUUUUCUCAAUUGUUGAAAAUCAGGAUGAAGAGAAUGCACUUAAAGGCUUAAUCGCCAGCAUCCUCAACUCAAAUUUGGAAAAUGGCAUUAGGUUGUGGGUCUUGACAGGUGAACCACCUUCAAUUGAUUUACUUCAAUUUCUGAACGAUGUGUCCAGGAAGUUUGGAAGUCGUAUCAAAUUCGAAUUCAUAAAAUAUGACUGGCCGCGUUGGUUAAGACCACAACGUUUCACCGAAGAUGAACUUGUGGCCGUAAAGGUCUUGAUGCUGGAUUAUGUUUUCCCAGGUGAAGUCGAUAAACUCAUGUACAUGGAGCCGGGUACCAGACUUGAAGAUCUCAAAGCCUUAUGGGAAUUUAAAUUCGACACAACUUUUUGCCUGCCCCGUGCGUACCAUUCAGAUGGCAUACCGUAUUGGAAGGAGGGCUAUUGGCAGACUUUCUUGAGCAAACACAAUCUGAAAUUCCAUGCAAUUGAUCCGGUCUUCAUUGUGAACCUUACCAAGUACAGGAAUGAUCAUGUUGGUGAAAAAAUGCGGAUCCAUUACCAACGCCUCUCUGCUGGCAUCAACUUUUUGGCAAAAAUAGAUCAGGACUUGAUAAACGAUAUGCAGCCGAAAGUCCCAAUAUCAACGAUGAGAAGGAGCCUAGUUGCACAAAAAGUUACUCAGCGAGACUGGGAUGAUGAAAAUAUUGAAUCAUUAUACAGGCAACUGAUAGAGGAUGACGCUGCACCAGUGAAUCAAAACGAUUUUGAUCAUGAUGAGCUGUAA